GUUUAAGUGAAUUGACAGCAGCGAUGAAACACGAAAAUGAAGGAACGGUGAAGAAGAAGAAGAUGAAGAAGAAGAAGAGGAAGAGGAAGAGGAAGAGGAGGAGGAACUGGAACUGGCUAGCUGGCUAACUACUUGAGCCGUGUUCUGGGUUCAGCGUUUUGAGAAUGGCUCCUUUGGACCUCGACAAGUACGUUGAAAUAGCGAGACACUGCAAAUACCUGCCGGAGAAUGACCUGAAGAGAUUAUGUGAUUAUGUAUGUGACCUACUGCUGGAAGAAUCAAAUGUUCAGCCAGUCUCUACUCCAGUUACUGUUUGUGGAGAUAUCCAUGGUCAGUUUUAUGAUCUUUGUGAGCUCUUCAGAACUGGAGGCCAAGUUCCAGACACAAAUUACAUUUUCAUGGGAGACUUCGUAGACAGAGGAUAUUAUAGCUUGGAGACAUUUACACAUCUGCUAGCUUUGAAAGCAAAGUGGCCGGAUCGCAUCACUCUUCUACGUGGAAACCAUGAGAGCAGACAAAUAACACAAGUGUACGGCUUUUAUGAUGAGUGCCAAACUAAAUAUGGAAAUGCAAAUGCCUGGCGGUAUUGCACCAAAGUGUUUGACAUGCUGACUGUGGCGGCUUUGAUAGAUGAGCAGGUCCUGUGUGUCCAUGGUGGUCUUUCACCUGACAUCAAGACCUUGGACCAGAUCCGCACCAUCGAACGCAACCAGGAGAUUCCCCACAAGGGGGCCUUCUGUGAUCUGGUGUGGUCAGACCCAGAGGAUGUGGACACCUGGGCCAUCAGUCCGCGAGGUGCAGGCUGGCUGUUUGGCUCCAAAGUUACCAAUGAGUUUGUGCACAUCAACAAUCUGAAGCUCAUCUGCCGGGCACAUCAGCUGGUUCACGAAGGCUACAAGUUCAUGUUUGAUGAGAAGCUGGUGACCGUGUGGUCGGCGCCCAACUACUGCUACCGCUGCGGAAACAUCGCGUCCAUCAUGGUCUUCAAGGACGUCAACAGACGAGAGCCCAAGCUGUUCCGCGCUGUGCCCGACUCGGAGCGCGUCAUUCCUCCCCGAACUACAACCCCCUACUUCCUCUAAUGACAGGAAGCCGCCCUCUGGAGAUCUCAGCUCUAAAACGAUGACGGUCCUGUGUAAACGGCUGCUGAGCACAUUCAACACCAUUCUGCCCGUUCAUGUGGGUUUAAUUCUGUUAGAUUUUCAAUGUUUUUGAAAACUUAUGUUGCUGCACACACUAUUUUUGUAUGAUAAUAGUUGCUGCAACAUACAGAAAAAUGUAUUCAUGUGAGAACAUUUGGCAGUUUUUCUUCAACGAGAUCGUCUUCGUUAUCAUUGUGAAUGCAGAAUUAGCAUCUCACUGCUUUCCGCUACAGAAACUAUAAGCAUCUCAUAUUUUAAGGGCUUACAUUUCACUGUAAAACCAGUCAGUACUUUGACGGCAUUUCUGCUAUUACUUUGCUUAUUUCUACCACUUGUACCUUUUUUUUAAAUUAUUAGGAUUUUACAAUGUAACUCAAUAGAGGGAAUCUUCGGCUCCUCUUGUACCUACUCCACUUUGAAAUUAUUCUGCUUCUGCAUAUUUUCAGCUAAAGACUUAAUUUCAAUAUGUAAUGUGUUCCAAGACUUUCAACUUGUGUUUAGAUUUUUGGUAUGUCUUACAGUUUCUGAAUGAUCCUUUUCUGAGUGUAUUUCGUGGCCUAGUGUGUCACAUGACCUGUGACCUCUGCAUUUCUCCUUGUUAUACCUCGACAGUUGUAGCCGGAAUCAUCAUUCUCAAGUUGUCCGGUCCAUUUGGCCCAAACGUCACUCGGACUCUGUUGAAAUUAUUGGAUUUUAUUGAUCAUGGUCACUGUGACCUCACAUCCUUCCCAUUCUCAUGACCACAAUAUCUCAGAAAGGCCUUAAGGGAAUUUCUUUUAAGUUUGGAGCAGUUUGUUAAUUGUUUCCUUACGUCUUCGUCCCGUUCACCAGAGAUACAAGCAGAAGAGGCGAGAAAGGGACACAAGGACAAUCUGGACAUUGUUUUGUUGUACUGCUGUAUUUUAUUUUAUCUCUGCCCAAAUAAAGGGGCGGCUGCAGCUCAUGGGCAGAGUGGUCGUCCCGUAACCACAA